CGGAGUCUCGUGCCAUGACAACCUCCGAGAGUCUUGUCUCUACUGUACCGAGGGGGCAAGUAGUUUUGGACGUCAUAUACGCCUGGGGAGGAGGGUUAGGUACUGGGCACAAUAACAGAUUAUAUGUUUGCCCGUCGAUGCUGUUAGUUUGCUCAUGUAUGUGCGUGUGAUCGUGUGUUUGUAUGCAAAAACAAAAGAGAAGAAGAGCCACAUCCCCUCGGCGUAAGGAAGAGAUCCAACAACACAGCAGCAAUGGAGCACUUAUGCGGUGACAAACUUCCAUUCUGGGAUUCCAAUCUCACCUUGCACAAACACGUGCCCGACUUACCAGAAUGUUUUCAGAUGUCGAUACUGCCAUGGGCUCCUUGUAUCUACCUGUGGGUGACUUCCCCUUUCUACAUCCUAUACCUCAAGAGGAACAACAAAGGCUACAUCAUGAUGUCUAUAUUAAACAGAAUCAAAACAGUUCUUGGUUUGGUAUUGUGGAUAGUAUGCUGGACAGAUCUUUUUUCUGCAUUUCAUGAGCUGAACGAGGGUCACCCUAAACCUCCCAUUUAUUUCAUUACACCUUUAAUAGUCGGCAUGACAAUGUUGUUAGCCACCUUCCUUAUCCAGUUUGAAAGGUUGAAAGGUGUGCAGUCAUCCGGUGUGCUUUUCAUCUUUUGGACCAUCACAGUGCUGUGUGCCAUCGUGCCUUUCCGCUCCAAAAUUAUUCUGUCCAAUCAAGAGAAUGGAGUGGAAGACAAGCUGAGAUUCACGACGUUCUACAUUUAUUUCGGGCUCACCCUGCUUGAACUCAUCCUAUCAUGCUUCAAUGAAAAGCCACCUCUUUUCUCCAAUGUGGUCACAGACCCUAAUGUGUGUCCAGAAACAACUGCUGGGUUCCUAUCAAGAAUGACCUUUUGGUGGUUUACAAGCAUGGCUAUCAAAGGCUACAAGUCCCCAUUAGAGAAUAAAGACCUGUGGUCUUUAAACAAGCAAGACAGUUCAGAGGUGGUGGUUCCCAGUCUGCUCAAGGAAUGGGAGAUAGAGAAAUCCAAAGCACUUAGUGAACAGAGGGUGAAGGAUCAGGCCACAUUUACGAAACCUGGCACCGGUGCUGACACCAACCAUGUUGGUGGCAAUCCUGAAGAGGCGGAGGUGUUGCUGUCCAAACGAAAGGAGUCCCAGCAGCCCUCCUUUCUGCGGGCCUUGCUCCGAGCUUUCGGACCCUACUUCCUCAUCGGCUCUGCUUACAAACUGCUGCAGGAUCUCAUUACCUUUGUCAACCCUCAGUUUCUCAGGAUGUUGAUUGGUUAUACCAAACAGACGGACGCUCCGACGUGGUGGGGCUACGCUUUGGCCUUUCUGAUGUUCGGCACUUCCCUCCUGCAGACGCUCAUUUUGCAUCAGCACUUUCAGUACUGCUUCGUAACAGGCAUGAGGCUCCGCAGUGCAAUCGUAGGGGCCAUCUAUAGGAAGGCACUAAUAAUCACAAAUGAAGCCAAGCGUUCAUCUACGGUGGGAGAGGUGGUCAACCUGAUGUCUGUGGACGCCCAGACAUUCAUGGAUCUCACCACCUUUCUUAACAUGCUGUGGUCAGCCCCACUCCAGAUCAUUCUUGCUCUUUUCUUCCUCUGGAAGAAUCUGGGUCCCUCAGUACUUGCUGGUGUGGCAGUGAUGGUUCUGCUAAUCCCGUUCAAUGCUUUUAUUGCUAUGAAGACCAGAACUUACCAGGUGGAACAAAUGAAAUAUAAAGAUGAACGCAUCAAGCUAAUGAACGAGAUUUUAAAUGGCAUAAAGGUGUUGAAGCUCUACGCUUGGGAGGUCUCAUUCAAGGAGAAGAUCCUUCAGAUUCGGAAAAAAGAGCUUAACGUUCUGCGUAAGACGGCCUACCUCAGUGCCCUCUCCACCAUGGCCUGGACCAGUGCACCGUUCAUGGUAGCCUUGACAACAUUUGCUGUAUAUGUGACGGUGGAUAAAAAUAAUAUCUUGGAUGCAGAGAAGGCUUUUGUGUCCUUGUCUCUUUUCAACAUCUUAAGAUUUCCCUUGAAUAUGCUCCCACAAGUCAUAAGCAGCAUUGUACAAGCCAGUGUGUCUCUGAAGCGUAUCAAGGAUUUCCUGAGUCACGAUGAGUUAGAUCCAGAAAGCGUAGACAGAAAAAACAAUACUUCAGAAUAUGCGGUGACAGUGGUGAAUGGGAAGUUUGCAUGGGCCAAACAAGAUCAACCCACUCUUGAAAACAUUAAUGUGAUGGUGCCUCAGGGCUCUUUGCUGGCAGUGGUUGGACAUGUGGGCUGCGGAAAGACCUCUCUUGUCUCCGCCCUGCUUGGAGAGAUGGAGAAACUCGAUGGCCAGAUCUCCAUACGUGGAUCUGUGGCUUACGUACCACAGCAAGCUUGGAUCCAGAAUGCCACUUUGAGAGACAACAUCUUGUUUGGAAAGCCCUAUGUGGAGCAAAGGUAUCGCUGUGUGCUGGAGGCAUGUUCUCUCACCCCUGACCUGGAAGUGCUUCCUGGUGGUGACCUAACAGAGAUAGGAGAGAAGGGCAUUAAUCUGUCUGGUGGUCAGAGACAGCGAGUAAGUUUAGCCAGAGCACUGUACAGCGAAUCAGACGUCUACCUCCUGGAUGACCCGCUGUCUGCCGUGGACGCUCAUGUUGCCAAACACAUUUUUGACAAUGUCGUUGGACCCGAGGGAAUGCUCAAGGGCAAGACCCGGAUACUGGUGACCCACGGGAUCAGCUUCCUGCCUCAAGUGGAUAACAUCCUUGUGAUAGUGGAUGGCAGGGUGUCAGAGAUGGGCUCCUACCAGGAUCUUCUCAAGCAGAAUGGGGCUUUUGCCGAAUUUUUAAGAAACUACUCACUUGAGGAUAUCAUUGAAGAUGAUGAAAUGACCCUUUCAGUGGUUGAUGAAGAAGAGGAAUUUCCAGAGGACGCACUUAGUAACCACAUUGACAUGGUGGACAAUGAACCUGCAGUAAAUGAGGCACGCAGACAAUUCAUGAGGCAGAUCAGUAUCAUGUCCAAUGACGUGGAGAACCCAAAGAACAAGUCCAUCCGUCACCGGCGCUGCAGUGUGAAGAAACUCGCAGAGCCCCAAGUGGAGAAGAAGGAACAAAAGGGGGAGAAGCUCAUCCAAGCAGAAACGACCGAAACUGGGCGGGUGAAGUUAAAGGUUUACUGGGAGUAUGCAAAAGCGGUGGGACCUCUCCUGUCUGUUUUCAUCUGCUUCCUGUAUGGCUGUCAGAGCGCGGCAGCGAUAGGAGCAAAUUUCUGGCUCAGUGAAUGGACUAAUGAUGAACACAACAACCAAACGCAAGAGAAUGUACAAAUGAGGGUGGGGGUGUACGCGGCGCUGGGCAUUUCACAAGGUGCGCUGAUUCUGGGCAAUUGUUUACUGUGCCGGGCUUACAGCAUGCUGAAGGCGGCCCACGCCACCCACCGCGACAUGCUCCACGCCAUUUUGAGAGCUCCCCAGGCCUUUUUCGAGGCCACACCCUCAGGGCGAAUCUUGAACCGCUUCAGCAAAGAUGUGGACACGAUAGACUCUGCCUUGCCAAACAAUAUUGAUAUCUGGAUGCGCACUUUCUGGUACACAGUCAAUGUGCUGAUCGUAUGCUCUGUCCUCACCCCUAUGUUCCUCAUAGUCGUAGUGCCGUUAAUGCUGUUCUAUUGGUGGGUCCAGAGAUUUUAUGUUGCCACGUCUCGGCAGCUUAAAAGACUGGAAUCUGUCAGUAGGUCUCCUAUAUAUUCUCAUUUUUCGGAGACCAUCACGGGCACAAGUGUGAUCCGUGCCUACGGGCGAAACGAUGCCUUUGUGCUCUUGAGUGAUAUGAAAGUGGAUGAGAACCAAAAGAGUUACUACCCUGGUAUUGUUUCCAACAGGUGGUUGGGGGUUCGAAUCGAGUUUAUCGGGAACUGCAUAGUGCUGUUUGCCGCUUUGUUUGCUGUCAUUGGGAAGGACAAGCUCAAUCCUGGUUUGGUUGGACUGUCGGUGUCAUAUGCGCUGCAGGUGACGAUGUCUUUAAACUGGAUGGUGAGGAUGACCUCUGACCUUGAGAGUAACAUAGUAGCAGUGGAGAGAGUGAAAGAAUACUCAGAGACACAAACUGAGGCUCCAUGGACAGUGUCAGAAACUAUGCCCCCAUCAGAUUGGCCCGCUAUAGGGAAUGUACAGUUUGUGGAUUACAGUGUGAGGUAUCGAGAAGGUCUGGACCUGGUGCUGAGAAACAUCUCUCUGAAGGUGAAAGGAGGAGAAAAGAUCGGCAUUGUGGGAAGAACAGGGGCCGGUAAGUCGUCCAUGACGCUGUGUCUCUUUCGCCUGCUGGAGGCAGCGGAGGGGGAUAUCGUAAUCGAUGAGGUGAAAAUCUCUGAAAUCGGCCUUCAUGACCUCAGAUCCAAACUCACCAUUAUUCCUCAGGAACCUGUUCUGUUUUCUGGAACGCUGCGGAUGAACCUCGAUCCCUUUGGUAAAUACAGUGAUGAUGAAGUGUGGAACGCUCUUGAACUCUCUCAUCUAAAGAAGUUUGUUAGCAAUCAGACUGCCAAACUCAAUCUGGAAUGCUCAGAAGGAGGGGAAAAUCUAAGUGUGGGUCAGAGGCAGCUGGUGUGUCUGGCUCGAGCUUUGCUGAGGAAGACUAGGAUCCUCAUCCUCGACGAAGCCACUGCCGCCGUUGACCUGGAGACGGAUGAUCUGAUCCAGUCCACAAUCCGCACUCAGUUUGAAGACUGCACAGUUUUCACUAUAGCUCACAGACUAAACACCAUUAUGGACUACACCAGAGUGCUUGUUUUGGACAAGGGAAAGAUAGCAGAAUUCGACACACCGACGAAUCUUAUCGGGCAGAAAGGUAUAUUUUUUGGAAUGGCUAAGGACGCAGGUUUGGUGUGAUCCCACUAUGCUGUAAUAAUGCCGAGAGUGCCUUUAUACAGUAUCAGACUGAAUGCCAGUGAAUGUCAUUUUAUGUUUACUUGACAGCAAGCUACACGAGAUCUUUUAUUAUAUUACUUUAUUGUCUCUUUUUCUAUAUACUACAGUGCCACUGUUUAUUCAAUAAGAAAUUUUGAUGAUAUUUUUGUACUGUAUUAUUUAAGUCACUUGUUCAAUAGGAAAGAUUACUGCGCAGUUACAUGUGAUUCAUUUUUGUAAACCAAAUCUGUAAAAACUUGAACUCUGUUACUUGGAGUAUCGUUGCAUUUAUUAAAACUGUUACGCUGUU